ACGAAACUUUCAUUUACAGCAGCGAUGUUUCUUCCCCAUUUAUAAAAAGGCUUUCACAAUGAUAACGCCUUGUCCCGUAGUGUUAAUAAUCAAAAUAAUCGCAGAUGACAGCUGUCAAAUUUCAGAACUCAUUUGCAUACAAAAAAAUGGCAAACAGAAGACUUUGAGACAUAUUUAAAUCCACAAAGUCAUAGUGCGACGUGCAAUAUCCUAUCUUAAUCGGAAAAAAUUAAAUUGAUUUACAAAAUAAGAAUUAUGUUGGCACAAAAUAAUAUUUCAAUCAUUUCAGUUAGCUUUUGACGCGCAUUGUAUUUGAAACUCGAAUAAAUGAUCUAUAAAUAAAUCGCAUAAAAUCCCAGAAAUAGAUUCUGUAACGAGAAGUUAAAAGUCAGUCUGUUGAAAAAUGUCAAGACAAUCACCACUCAUUUACUCGUUAUUAUUAAUCGCUAUUUUAAUAAACAUUACAGAACAAAAACGACACCUAAAAAUAGGUGGUCUUUUUGAUAAAAAUAAAGAAGAAACCGAGCAUGCUUUCCGUUUGGCGAUCGACUUAAUCAACGCAAAGCACACUUCGGAAACGAUCCAUUUGCAAUCCGUUGUGCAAAGUGUGGAUUCUCGUAAUAUCCUUGCUGUUUCAUCGGCGACGUGUAGUUUAUUCGGUUUGGAAAUAGUUGGUCUUUUUGGGCCUAACUCAUCUCCGGGUGGGGCAUCAAAACACAUCCAGGCACUAUGCGAUAACAAGGAGAUGCCGCUUAUUGAGAUACAUUGGGACCCAAACGAUGGUCGAAAUAACGUUAUUAAUCUCCACCCACACCCCGAAAUCAUCGAGGACGUUUUGAUCGAGAUUUUGCAAGCGUAUGAGUGGAAAAAAUUCACAAUUGUUUACGACGAUAACGAAAGUUUAGCGAAAAUUAACAAGUUGUUGGUUUAUAAACACAACGAGUAUUCAUUCGGGUUGGAAGAGUUAGAUAAAAAUGAGGAAAAUUAUAGACAGAUUAUGUAUAAGAUUAAGAAGCAAGGUGACACACAUUUCGUUUUGAUUUGUAGCGUCGAAACUUUGGAGAAAUUUUUUAAACAAGCCCAACAAGUUGGAUUAUUAGUUGAAAAUUAUCAUUAUUUCAUUUAUAAUUUUGAUAUUCAAACGAUUGAUAUGGAGACAUAUCAAUAUGCAGGGAGUAACAUUACAUCGAUCAGAUUUUUCGAUCCAAACUCGCCGAAAGUGUUUGAAUUCGAACAAGAACUUAAAGAUUACAGCAAUUAUCGUUUCCCAACAAGAAAAAUGAUUAGUUUUGAAACAGCUUUGCUUUACGAUGCUGUUAAUUUAUUCCAUCAAGCUUUAAACGAUUCAAGAAGUUCAAAUAAACUGAACCCAAAACCUUUAUAUUGCGAUUCCGAUUACACUUGGGAGGAAGGAUCUAGUAUCAUUAAUAUUAUAAAAAUGGUAACAUUUUAGUUUAAUUCUUAUUCUUUU